AUUAUUGACACUCUUAUUCUUUUUGACAGCUGUUCGUAUACAAAAAGGAAUUGUUAUCAAAUUUUUAUGUGAUUACAUCGAUAACUUGCGUGGACUUUUGCUGUUAAUUGCGUCAUAAACACAAUCACUGUAACAACAAAAGUGUUUGGAUUUUCUAGAAAAUGGCUGAGAUAAGUGAAAAAUAUAACACUAAAUGUCCUGGUGUCAAACGUUUAAUGCGAGAAGCCUUGGAGUUGGCCGAGGCCACGGAAGAAUAUUGUGCAAGACCUCUGGAGGAUAAUCUGUUCGAAUGGCAUUUCACUGUACAGGGCCCGAAAGGCACUGACUUUGAGGGCGGUAUAUACCAUGGUAGGAUAUUGCUACCGAAGGAGUAUCCUAUGCAUCCACCGCACAUCAUACUAUUAACACCAAACGGUAGAUUUGAAGUUAACAAAAAAAUUUGCCUGUCCAUAUCUGGCCAUCAUCCAGAAACAUGGCAACCCUCAUGGUCCAUCAGAACAGCUCUGUUGGCAUUAAUAGCUUUUAUGCCCACACCAGCUGAAGGAACAAUCGGUUCGCUCGACUAUACUCCGGCAGAGCGUAAGUCGUUAGCGAAGAAAUCAGUAAACUGGUCAUGCCCCCACUGUGGGGAAAUAAAAACAUUACUGUCUUCUACUGCUGCAAAACCAAUUACCGAAGAGGAGAAGACAGUUCUAAAUCAAAUAGCUUUCAAAGGAGAAGACGAGCAGGCUCCAAAACCACAGCCCCAGCCAGAGGAGGCCCCACAAGAGGCCGAGCCACAAGUGCUGGAAUCAUCAGAGCCCAUCACGGGAUUCCUGGAUCAGUUAACGGAGAUAUUAGUGGCUCUUCUUGUAGGUGCAAUAUGUAUCUUUGUAUACAGGCGUUGGAAUGCAUACUACGCAGCAGCAGAGGCUGAGCUGUAAUUGUAAAUUAUAUGUAAUUUAGGGCCUAAGAAUAAUUUUUAUUUUUUGUCCAUAAGUGUUGUUACAUUAAAACUUUGCAAGACCAGUUGUUAUAACAUCUAUUCUACACAACAUUGUGUUCAUUUAAUCAGAGAUUAUUGUUAGAGAUUUUGGUUAUAACAACAUAUAAUUUGUAAUGUGCCUUGGAUACAAUAUUUAUGAUUAAGGCAAAGUAAAUCCUCAUAGAGGUUGACAUUCAAAAUUAUGGUCUAUAUUAUAGUGUUGAUAACAUUGUUUUUUGUGUAUGUCCAGUCACAUUAUUUAUUGCAUAAAUUUUUAUCCAUUCAUUUAUUUGAAAUUGCUUUUUACUAAUAUUAUCAUAGGUUAAAAUAAAUGAAGGCAUUGAAGGUAUAUACAAAUAAUAUUCCCCUAAAUUUUAAUAUUUUAUUGAAAUGGUACUUGCCAAAGAAUGGUUUGUGAUUGUUUAGGACAUUACAUUUACUGAUACUAAUUCAAAAAAUAUAUAACCUUCAAGAUUUACUUGGUAGAUUUCAUUAAAAUAUGAAUUAAUGUAGUCUGAUUCAUUAGUUAUGACUGGAAUUUGUAUUGGUGCCAGUAUAUUAUCAAUGACAGUGGAAUAGUUUAAUUAUAAUAGCUUUAAAGUCUUUAGUAUAUGUAUUACUAUUUCACAUCAAUAACAAACACAAUUACUUUUGGUGGCAUGUCACUUUCAGUGUUAUUUUUCUUGUUUUUUAAAGCUUUAUAAAUAGUUCAUAAUAUGUAUAGUAUAAAUUUGAAAUUGUGGCAUUCAUUUGUUAUACAUUUUAGUAUUAAUUAAUUGUAUUCUUUUGAAAAUGUGAUAUGCAUACAUCCUUAUAUAUAGUGCAAACAAAUAUUGGUAUAAAAGCUGCAUUAUUUCACUUUUUUAUUGGAGAUAGAUAUUGACUUGGUAAACCAAGAUUGUGCCAUUGAGGUAGGUCUCUGAUUUAAACCAUUUGCUGCCUAUACACUAACAGAAGUAUGUCUGAUGCUACAUCAGACCAUUGUAACUAACAGUACUAGCUUAUUGUAUUAAUGUUUUGGCAAAAAUUACCAUCUUACAGCCAAACUAAAGAUCUAAAAAAGAUAAUAAUUGAUUUAUUUGUAAUCUCUCACUUUUUUUAGAGUGUUUUUUUUUUGUUAUUGAAAAGCAGCAUCCUUUUGACCAUUGUUUUCACUUAGUAUUGACUUUUUUUUUUUCAAGGUAUUUCUUUUUAUAACUUAUGAAGGUAACAUUCCAACAACUUAGCUGUAUCAUAUUAUACAAUUUGGGUUGAAUAUAAAAAUGCAUAAAAUUAAAUUUUAAUUGAUUGUGAAAUAAAAUUCUAUAGUUAAGGUUUACUUGUGAAUUUUACAAUUUUACUUCAUAUUCAUAUACUAAGUAUUGCUUUAUGAAAUUUAUUCAAUUACAUUGUAUUCCAAACUAAAUAAAGUUUGUAAAUUCAGUAAAAAA